AUGAAGUCCGCAAGCAGCGAGCCCACCGACGGCUUCACAUCCGGACCGGAUGACGCAGACAGCGAGAGCGACGAGUCAGACGGCAAGUCCAGUGGCACCUGCAGCCCAUGCCGCAGAAAAGAGCCAGAAGCGGCCAGGUGGAGACGGCGAAGACGCGGGAGAGAAGCGCGUUUACUUGGUGUAAGUAAACAGAGGCAGGCGGCCAACGCGCGCGAGCGGGACAGGACGCACAGCGUGAACACAGCCUUCACCACCCUGCGCACGCUCAUUCCCACUGAGCCUGCCGACAGAAAGCUCUCAAAGGUGGAGACGCUGCGUUUGGCGUGCAGCUACAUUUCACACCUUGCCAACAUGUUGAUGCUGGGGGAGGAAAGUCGCGAUGGGCAGCCGUGCCUCCACCAUCAGGCCGGCGUGCACAGCCCCGCGCAACGGAGCGCGGCGCCGCUGCGGGCCAUCUGCACCUUUUGCCUUAGCAACCAAAGGAAGCAGCUCAGAGACAGCGGGAAGCAUUCAACUAAAGUCUAAGGCCUCGGACCUACAAGGAGCAGUUGCGCAUGUUUACAUUUGUACAUAAAUAUAUUUAUUCUUAGUUUUUAUGGGGAAAAAAACAACACUGGAAAGCACUUUGUUUUGUGCCUGUGAACCAACCUGUGUUUUGGUUGAGCUGCAACCUGAGCCCAUGUGUACGGUUGCACUAUUUUGGUCCCACCAGUCCCCUAAGUAACUGCUGCUACAGGAAGUAUAAUUAUUAAAUACCUGCAAUAUUAACUUUUGCACAAUGCACAUCACCUUUACAAUGCACAAGACCCUUUCACACAAAGUCCAUGAAUAUUGUGCACAUUUAGAACACAAAUGCAUUACCCCCCUACCCAGGAAAUGUUGCACUACCUCAAAACAUGUUUACCUCAACAUCAAAUGUGUAACAUCACUUACAGUGUGGCUCGAUAUCUUUGCACAUAAAAUAAUUUUCU